AUGAGGUAUCUUACUGCUUUACGUCCACAAAUUACGGUUAGUUUCAAGUUUGAAAACAUGUUUGUUUUUCCGGAAUCAGAAAACACACAAACAAUUUUUUUCAAAUAAAAAAGGCCACAUUAUAGUGUAGUCGCUACACACAAAUGAUAAGGUUUUUUCAUUACAAAGUGUUGCCGAAAUUCACCCUUUUGUUACUGUUUUUAUUUUUUUAUGAUUAUGAUAUUUAUUUUUCAUUUUUCAGCAAAUUAUGACAAGAACUAUAAGUGCCACAACACCGGCGUAUAAACAAGGUAACCUAGUAAAUCUUUAGCCCUGUUUUCUUUUUAAAAAAUCGAAAGUAAUUUCAGAUCUCCCUCAUCUUCCUGCUCCACAGCCAGUCAAAACCCUCAAACAUUUCCUCGAUUAUUCGCAAGCGGUUCAGGACAAACAAGAUUUUGAGGAAACCAAAAAAGUGAGUCCAUUCUUUCUUUUUCCAUUAGUCAUGUUCUCUUUUAGGUCGUUCAAAAAUUUGUGGAAAAUGAUUUGCCUCGUCUUCAAGAGCUUCUUCAAAAAAGAGCUGAACAAUUGCCUAAUUGGGUGAGGCUUCUUUGCAAAAUUAAUUUGUUUUUUUUCCAACAAUUUAUUUUUUGCAGUUAACACCAUGGUGGUUAAAUGUAGCUUAUCUAGCUGCUCGCACACCUCUUCCAGUUGUCACAUCUCCAGGUGUCAUGUUCCCAAAAUUCGAAUUCAAUACACCAGAAGGUCAAAUCGAAUAUGCGGCAAAAAUUGCGCAAGCUGCAACAAAGUUCUAUCUUCUUGCAAAAAAUGAGCAACUGAAACAAGAUGUGGCGGGAGGAGCGCCGUUGGAUAUGAGUCAAUAUAAAUUUUUGUUUGGAACAACUCGAGUACCACAAUUGAAUGUUGAUCAAAUUAAAUAUGGAUGUGAUUAUAAAGAACAAUUGAGACAUAUUGUUGUUAUUCGAAACGGACAUGUAAGUAAUUUAUUUUUGAUUGACAAGAAAACAUUUUCAAAAUCAAUAUAAAUACUGUCUAAAACUUUACAGCCCCCAAUUUUUUCUGUUCAAUUUUAUGAACUGAUCGCAAUUUUCUUUCAAAACCACUCCUUUAACAAAAAACAUAAUUUUCAAUAUUAGCUCCACUUUUUCAGUUAUUCCGUGUCCAAAUUCUCGACCAAAACGACCAAGUUCUCCCAAUCAAUGCAAUCAUCGAACAAUUGUCUAAAGUCGUGGCGGAAAGUGCGACACAAAACCCAACACCCGUUGGAAUUGUGUCAUCUGAUGGUAGAGAUAAAUGGGCAAGAGUGUACACAUCCCUUAAAAGUAAGAAAAAUAUUUGAUAGAUCAAAUUAUAUUUCUCUGAUCUUUUUUCCAGAAGACUCAACAAACGCUAAAAAUCUAGAAACCAUUGAAAAAUCGUUAUUUGCUGUAUGCCUUGAUAAACCAAGUGAUCCACCAGCUGGAUAUACUGAAAAAGAUGAGCAAAGUAGACAAGCGUUGCAUGGUGGAGGGGCUAAAGUUAACGCAACUAACAGAUGGUUUGAUAAAACUAUUCAAUUUGUGAUUGGAACUAAUGGAUAUACUGGAAUGACUUAUGAACAUACACCAGCUGAGGGACCACCAGUUGCUGCACUUAUGGAUUUUAUUUGUGAUCAAUUCCAAGGAAAUACAUUCACCACAUCUGGAAGUAAUGCGAGUGAACAAGUUGAGAAAUUAGAUUUGAAAACAGAUGAUGAAAUUAAUCAACGUAUCAAGAAAAGUUCUGAUGCUAUGGAUAGAAUUGCUGCCGAUCUUGAUAUUUUGGCAUACACCUUCAAGGGAUAUGGUAAAAAUUUCCCUAAAUCUGCCAAGAUUUCACCCGAUUCAUUCAUCCAAUUGGCAUAUCAACUUGCAUUCCACAGAAUUCAUUCAUCAUGUGAGUUUCAAAAUUGAUGUGAAGAACUAUUUUAAUGAUUUUCAGUACCACCAACAUAUGAAACUGCAACUCUCCGGAAGUUUACUGAAGGUCGAACUGAGAACAUCCGAUCACCAAAUACUGCCACAGCUACAUUUGUCAAGAAAAUGGUUUCGAAGCCUCCAAAACCUGUCAGUGAGAUCUACGAUGCUCUGGUUCACGCAGCCAAUCAACAUAAGAAAUAUACGGUAAGUCAAGAUUUUUUUGAAAAAAUACUGAACUUUAUGUUUCUGUUUAUUCCGAAAAUUCACAAUUUUUCAGCUUGAUUGUAUGAAUGGCUCUGGAAUGGAUAGACAUUUGCUCGCCUGGAAAAUGAUUGCUGUCGAAAACAAUCUUCCAACUCCUGAAUUAUAUGGAUCAAAUGCUUAUCAACAACUAACUCAUUUCCAAGUCUCAACAAGUCAAGUUCCAACCCGCCAUUUCAUUCAAAUGUGCUUCGGACCAUCCGCCUUAGAUUGCUAUGGAAUUUGUUAUAAUCCCCAAGAAACCGAAUUACAUUUCACAAUCUCAACAUUCAAAUCAUACGGUUCAACAAGUUCAAAAAAAUUCUCCAAAGAGCUCAGCAAAGCUUUGAUGGAUAUGCGAUCAGUUAUCAAUAAAGCAACCAAAGAGAGCUCUAAAUUAUAA